AUGGAGAGACACACUGUCUCGAAGCUCAUUGGUUCACCACCUGGCUAUGUUGGUUACACUGAAGGUGGUCAGUUAACCGAGGCUGUUCGACGCCGUCCUUACACUGUUGUGCUCUUCGAUGAAAUUGAAAAGGCUCAUCCUGAUGUCUUCAACAUGAUGCUUCAGAUUCUUGAGGAUGGAAGGUUGACAGACAGCAAGGGCAGAACUGUGGACUUUAAGAACACACUUUUGAUUAUGACAUCUAAUGUCGGAAGUAGUGUGAUUGAGAAGGGUGGCCGUCGUAUUGGUUUUGAUCUCGAGUAUGAUGAGAAGGAUAGCAGUUACAACCGAAUCAAGAGCUUGGUGACAGAAGAACUGAAACAAUAUUUCAGACCAGAGUUCUUGAACAGGUUGGAUGAGAUGAUUGUAUUCCGGCAGCUCACCAAACUUGAGGUGAAGGAGAUUGCUGAUAUAAUGUUGAAGGAAGUUUUUGAGAGGCUUAAAGGCAAGGAAAUAGAGCUUCAAGUGACGGAAAGAUUUAGAGACAGGGUGGUUGAGGAAGGAUACAACCCAAGCUAUGGUGCGAGGCCGCUAAGAAGAGCCAUUAUGAGACUUUUGGAGGAUAGCAUGGCUGAGAAGAUGCUUGCUGGUGAGAUCAAAGAGGGCAAUUCAGUCAUCGUUGAUGUUGAUUCUGAUGGAAACGUGACCGUCCUCAACGGUAGCAGUGGUGCUCCUCCAGAAUCAUUACCAGAGCCUAUUCCUGUAACUGGUUUGGCAGUAGAUUUGAAGCCGAUCAAUGGUGGCCGAGUUUAG